AUGAUUGAUGAUAACAUUGUGGGUAUUGGUGAAGGUGUUGGUGAAGGUGUUGAUGAAGGUGUUGGUGAAGGUGUUGAUGAAGGUGUUGGUGAAGGUACUGGUGAAGGUGCUGGUGAAGGUGUUGGUGAAGAUAUUGGUGGAGCAAUUGGUGAAAAUGUUGGUCAAGUCGCCGAAGAAGCAGUUGAUGAAGAUAUAGGUGAAAAUAUUGGUGAAGCAUUUGGUGAAGAUGUUGGUCAAGUUGCUAAAGAACCAGUUGAUGAAUCAGAUGCAAUGUUAAGUGAAGAUAGCUUUCGUUCUCUUAAAACUGAUGAUUCUGAUUUAGAGGAUAAUAUGGAUCAUGUAGGAACAUUUUCAUAUGAUGUGAAUAACCCUAUUAUGGAAGUAGGAGCAAAAUAUCCAAAUGUAGGUUCAUUUAGAGAUGCAUUGACUCAUUUUGCCCUACUAAAUGAGUUUGAGUAUAACCUACAAAAAAGUGAUCUUUUGAGGGUAACUGCAACGUGCGCAAAAUCUAAUUGCAAGUGGCGAAUCCAUGCAUCUCGACUUCAAGAUUCCUUAGUUUUUCAGAUAAAGACUUUACAAGGAGAGCACACAUGCACGUCGGCCAAUAGGUGUCGGAACAAAGUGGCAACACAAUCGUGGGUGUGCAAUAGGGUUAUUGAGUGGCUACGGUUGGAAGGAGAUUUAUCUACAACUGAAUUGCGGAAGAGACUGCAACAAAAAUAUCAUGUGGACUUGACCUAUUCCAAGAUAUUUAGGGGAAAAGAAAUGGCAUUGUCUAAGAUUCAUGGGCAUUGGGAGUAUUCGUAUCAAAGAAUCUAUAAUUUUAAAGAGGAAAUUGUUAGAAGAAAUCCCGGCAGCCACGUGGAAGUAAAGCUGCAAGUGAUUAAUGAAGAGCAUCAUUUUCAGCGAGUUUUUCUUGCAUUUGGUCCAUGCAUACAAGGAUUCCUCAAUGGAUGUAGACCUUAUAUUGCAUUAGAUGGAUGUCAUCUCAAAGGAAAGCAUAGAGGAGUUUUGAUAUCGGCCACAAGUAUUGACGGAAAUAAAUCAAUUUUUCCAGUAGCUUUUGGUGUUGUGGAGUCGGAGAACUCGAAUAGUUGGGAAUGGUUUCUUCAUGGGUUGAAGACAGCAAUAGGAGAAUCCGAAGGCCUAGUAUUCUUCUCGGAUAGACAAAAAAGCUUAGAUGAGGCCGUUCAAGUUGUGUAUCCAAGAGUUGAACAUAGAGAAUGCAUGCGCCAUCUUUAUGGCAACUUCAAAAAAAAAUUUCUUGGGGACUGCUAUAGAGACAAUCUGUGGGCCGCAGCGAAAGCAUAUAUACCUAAUGUUUACGAAACUAGCAUCGCUAAGGGUUUGGGUCAAUAUGAGGUGCUAUGGAGUGAUGAAUUUUCAGCAGAAGUGAUUGGACCUCAAUCAAGGUUUGAGGUGAGACUACAUGAAACACAGUGUAGCUGCAGGUUAUGGCAAGUGAAAGUGGCCAAAUAUAAGGAGGCCUAUGCUAGUUCCAUUGCACCAUUACCCAGUUGUGAUCAAUGGGUAAAGAUUGACAUCGGUCAUCGUGUAUUACCUCCUAUUUUAAAUAGGCCAGCUGGAAGACCACGAAACAAGCGAAUUAGAGGAUCAGACGAGAUGACAAUCAGGAAGAGGCAUCGAUGCAAAAGAUGCAAUAAAUUAGGCCACCGUGCAAAAACAUGCAAGAACCCUGUCGAUGCGAAUCAACAGCCUGCUGCAGGACCAUCUCAAGCAGCAAAUCAACAGCCUGCUGCAGCACCAUCUCAAGCAACAAAUCAACAGCUUACAGAACCGUCUCAAGCAGGGAAUCCGCACUCUGAACCACCAUCUCAAGCAAGUAUUAGCAGUCGCACAAGGCGUAGAGGAAAAAGGGUAGUAUCGAGAUCAAAACACUUGCAGUCCCAACAAAGAAGUGCUAUAAGUGAAAUUGAUGCACUUGGUUCUCUAGAAAAUUAA